GUUCCGACGCUCAGUUAGCAUCCAGACGCCAAUUCUACGCUAUCGUGAAAUACAGAGUAUCGGGUUCUGAUAGUGUUUUAGUGCGGAUGAUCUACAAUAUGGUAGUGUACGAGAUAUUGGUUUGCUGAACUGAAAAGUAUGAAGUUCCAUUACACUAUCCCUUGAGUUUUUUCUAUUUGGAAUUGUUAAAUUGUCCGAUCACAGAAGCGUAAUCUCCCACCGGGUGUACCAAAACCAAAGGAAUCUCAAAAUGUCGGAUUUCAAGAUAACUCCAGCCAGAGCACAGUGAGGAUGUCAACCAGCACCGAAUCAAGGUCGAAAUCCUCAUCAGAAACAUCGAAAUCCAAACAGAGAUCCAGGUCAACUCCUCAACGUUAUGAAGAGAAAAAACCAAAAAAGAAAAAGACUAAGAGCACUUCCAGUUCUCUGGGAUCCAUACCGAAUACCAUCAAAUUGUCCAUGCUCAACAGUGGGUUGAUACCUACAAAUAACUAUGAGAAUGGGUUUGUAGCACCCUCAGUUAGUAAUACUCCACCCGUAGAAGUAUCAGAUUUCGUGAAGUAUUGCGAACAGAGAAGAAAAUGGCCAGUUCUUUACAAGCUAGAAUUUCAAUUUGCAACCAAAGUGGAAUCCCAUUCCUGUAGACAUGGUACCAAGAAAGCAAAUUUAGAGAAGAACCAAAACCAAAAAUGCAUUCCUUAUGAUUAUAACAGGGUAGUUUUAGAACCUAUUGAGGGAACACGUGAUACGGAUUAUAUUAAUGCCUCAUAUGUAGAUAGUCUUUUGAAGCCAAAUGCUUACAUUGUUACCCAAGGUCCUACAGAAGAGACUGUGACAGAUUUCUGGAGAAUGAUUUGGCAAGAAAAGGCUAGCUGUAUAGUGAUGCUGACGAAAACCUUCGACUUUAUAAAGGUUAUGUGCGUACAAUACUGGCCUGCUUCUAAAGACCUAGAUGAGACGUAUGGCGGAAUAAGUAUAUCUGUGUUGGACGAGGAAGAGCUAGCACACUUCCAUAUCAGAACCUUCAGAUUAUAUAAGAAACAGGGGGAUACAAUUCUCGAAGAAAGGUUGAUCCUGCAGUUUCACUUCACCGAAUGGCACAGCCACUCCUGCCCCUUCCCUAACUCCAUUCUUGAAUUUAGGAGGAGAGUUAGGGCGGUCGUAGGGCACAGAAUCAAAUCUAACGAAGCCGGACCCAUGAUUGUACAUUGCAAUGACGGUGGUGGCAGAUCGGGUGUGUAUUUGGCUAUCGACGCUAAUCUUGAACUUGCCGAAGAAGACCACAAGUUCGACGUCUUCGGUUACAUGAAAAAAUUGAGGCAAUCUAGGAAAAAUCUGGUGGAAAAUGUGGAACAAUACAAAUUCAUAUAUGACAGCCUCGAAGACUUUGUCACUUGUGGAAACUCCUGGUUUCCUGUGAGCGAGCUGUCCCAAAGGCUCAAACUGAAGUCUGUUAAAAACACUUCAACAAAAAUGAAUGAAUAUCAGAGGGAGUAUAUGUUGAUCUGCAAACAGACUCCAAGAUUCACCAUAGGAGACUGUGCUGGUGGUCAUCGUGGUGACAAUAGGAAAAAGAAUAGGGAUGUAUUGAUAGUGCCACCUGACAAUUUUAGGCCUUAUCUGACAUCAUUCCAAGGAAAUAGUUUCACGGAUUAUAUUAAUGCUGUCUUCGUAGAUGGAUAUACAAAACCCAGAGAAUAUAUAGUUACGGAGUGGCCUUUGAAAUCAACUGGAGGUGAAUUUUGGUCGCUUGUGUAUGAUUACGAGUGCUCUGCUGUGGUUGUACUAUGUGUUCCACCAUCAAACUCUCAACAAUUUCCAUCAUUUUGGCCGGAAGGUAGAACCCCCAAAAAAUAUGGUCCAGUCUUCACAAUCGAACAUCUUUCCCAUAACCAUUACAGUAAUAUAAGAACGUGGGUUUUUCGAAUUAAUAAAAAGAUCGUUUCCUUGACUGAAUUAAUGGCUGGAGUCAAAGCACCACCAAAAACUGUCCAACUAUUUCAACUGACCUGCUGGCCUAUGGGUCAUAAUGUACCAACCUCAACCAACUCCCUGGUAGAGCUCAUGAAUAUGGUGGAAAGAUGGCGACAGAGAACAGAAUACGGCCCAGUUUGUGUUGUAUCUCCGGAUGGUAGGACAAGAUGUGGAAUAUAUUGUGCAGCAAACGCGUGUAUCGAACAAGUCAUUCAGCAUGGAGAGGUUGACGUAUUUCAAGCUGUCAGGACUGUUAGAAUACAUCGUCCCCAACUUAUAGAGAAUAUUACUGAAUAUAAGUAUUGCUAUGAUGUCGUUCUUCACUACGUUCUCCACUAUCUUCAGAAGGAUAUAAAGGAAAUGAGGGAUAAACGCAAAUCUUUCGAGGAAAAAUGAAUAUGGCUCCUCUCAACCAUAUGAUGAAACUUCGUUAUUUGUUUAUGGAAAUGAUUAUUUUCAUGUUAAUGGAAUUGUAUUGUAUUGAUCGUAUUAUAUUUUAAUAAAACCAGGCUAUAAAUUGAAA